UCUCAUGUUAACGUCAUGCAUAUCCAUAUUCUAGGAAUCGGAAACGUUGGAAAGCUGAUCGCACAUGGCCUCGCCAAAAGUGCAAUUCCCCCAACCAUAACUCUCCUGUUUCACCGAAGUAACCUUUUGAAAGAAUGGGAGGCUCAUGGCAGCUCACUUGAGCUGGUAACUCAAGGCGUAUCCGAUUUCAGUACAGGCUACCGGACGGAAACAAUUGCUCCUGCCGACUCAGUAACUCUUACUCGGCCACAGGAUCAGGAUAUUAUCACAAAUCUCAUCGUAGCAACCAAAACGACAAAAACAGUAAUUGCAAUACAAAGCAUCCGGCAUCGCCUUACUCGAGACUCGACGAUCAUGUUAGCACAGAACGGAAUGGGCGUCAUCGACGAGCUGAACGCCUCCGUUUUCCCCGACAUCACUUCUAGGCCUCGAUAUACCGGAGCAGUAGUGAUGCACGGCAUCUACACAAAACACACCUUCGCGUCCAUCCACGCAGGGCCAGGAACAAUGACCAUCUCGAGCAUCCCAGAAGUCCACUCCGAAACAAGAACCAUCAACGACUCGACUCACCUAUUAGACACACUAUCCGCCGCCCCAAUCCUCGGCACAAAAGUCGUCCCACCACACGAGUUCCUCAGCUCCCAGCUCGAGAAACUCGCCAUAAACAGUUCGAUGAGCGCACUCAGCGCAAUCCUCGACUGCAAAUACGGCGACCUCUUCCACUCCCCCACCCACACAUCGCGGAACCAAAAGAACUGGCGCAUCGCCCAGCAGACCAUACAAGAGAUAUCUCGCGUCAUUCUCACCAUGCUCGAAACAUACGAGUCUAACCCAGAUAUGCGAAUUGAUAUCGCGAGAUUCUCGCCGACAGCGUUGGAGCGGAAAGUGCUGGGGACUGCGGAACUGGUGGCGCGGUCGUAUAGUUCGAUGGUGGAGGAUGUGCGGGCGGGGAGGGAGACGGAGAUUGGGUAUUUGAAUGGGUAUGUGGUGAGGAAAGGGAAGGAGUUGGGGUUGAGAUGUCCGGUUCAUGAAGGGCUUGUGGAGUUGGUUGUUGGGUCGAGAGAUAGGGAUAAGUUGUAUGGUUUACUUGGAUCGUAGAUGAUGGCUUAGAUUCGACAUCUUUGUUCAAGUAGUAGACAGCACCAAAGGUUGGUCAGCGCGGAGCUACCGUUGCUUGUGUUUCUGGAAGACAUAUCAUUCGAUGGGAAAGAUGGCUUAGUUUCUACAGCAGUUAGAUGGACCUAUACUCUAUGAGGAGAUGAUACUCAAUA